AUGAAUCAGAAUAAGCCGCUCCCUGCUUUACCGUUGCUAGAGUACUGCGGCGGAAAGGACUUACCUCAGGGUUUAAACAAACGACAAGAAUCGUUACACAGAGAAAUUAUCGCCUGGUUUCCACCGCAGAUUCCAAAGACGGAAUUUAAUUGCCUAGAUGAGGAUAAGAACAAUUCUCAGUCGGCUCCGGCACAGAGAGAGAAGUGGGUCUCUCUGCCUCUCAAUUUCGAGAAAAGAAAACAGUGGAGAAAGCAGCAAAUUUACAGCCGUCCAGAGUCUGCCCUAGGCAUUUCAACAACCCAAAGUCUGAAGAUCUCAACAACCCAAAGCCUAAAGGAUUCCCCUGAUGUAGGGAGCCUACUUGAGCUGGUUGAACUCCACCCAGAACUGCAGAGGGAGUUUGAAUUGAAUGGAUUGCCUCUGAUACAGAGGGCCCUAAAGAGGUCCGUGCCAGAGCAGUGGGAAUUCCGUGAGAUGAGUAUCAACUGCGGUAUCCCUGGGACAAUAGCAUACUACGAAUCAUUAGGGCGUGCGCCAGAUGAAUGUACUCAUCAGGGGUGGGGUGUUGAUUCAUAUCUUCGACACUACGCAGAAGAGAUGGCAGUGUGUGCGCAAUUGACAGGUCUCAUGAGAGAGCGAUGCGCCGGUAGGACCCACACUGAACGGGAUGUGCUCGAAGCGAUGAGGAGACUAAGCGGCCCACGUUGGGCAUCCGUACACAGGGCUUUUUGGCGUGUUUGGACAUUUUGCCGAAUCUUCGGCUGUGCGAAAGAACGCGAAGAGGAUGCUCGAGGCCAGCGACGAUGGCUGUGUGGCUUUGUUAGUGCGAAAGGCAAAGACCUGGUUGCUGCAACAUUCACUCCAACGGACGAUAACAGCGAGCUUCUCUGUUUACCCCCUGACCCAUUCGGAUAUGGAAACGGCUCGGGACUAUCUAUAACAGAAAUACAAGAUAUGGCAGCGGUUUGGACUUUCUUGGAGGAUCUCUUGCGUGCGCACCUUGGUUCCCCCCUGUAG